UGUUCCUGCUAGAUGGGGAAAGGAGCCGGUGGACCGACUCGCUCCCAGUGGGGGCAGAAAUUCAUGGAAUGGGCGAGAAGGAGGGGGAGGCAAAGCCCGGAGAUGGGGGUGAGAGCGCAGGAGCCCUUGUGGCGCACUCUCCCGACGGGAGGCGAAGUGCGCACGCGCGCCGGUGGGGGGGCCGAGUAACGGGAGAGGGGGCGCGCGAGGGAGGGAGAGGGGAGAGCGCGAUCCAGGGAGAGACCGGGGCCGCGGGCGCGCGACGACGCCGCGGCCCAAAGCCCCGAGAAGGGCAGGAGCGCGCGCAGCCCCGACAGGCGAAGCCCCGGCGACGGGGGCGCCCGCGGGGCCGGGGGCCGGGAUGCGCGCCGAGGGCGGGAGGAAUAGGUGUAGAGUGGAGAACUGGAUGUGAUGGGACAGAACUAUGGCACAAGGCUAGUUGCAAGGCUCUGGAACGGUCUAGGAGAGAGAGAUGAUGGUGGCUUUAACUACAGUGGUAGCAGUGCAGCUCUGAGAAGUUGUGAGAUUGAAGAUAUAUUUUCAAAAUUGAACAAAGGAUUGGAUGUAAGGCACAGAGAAAGAGAAGAAACAAGGAUGAUACCUGAGAUUGGGGCCUGAGCACCUGGGGGAAUAAGGGUGCCUUUCACCAUGGUAGGGAGAACUACAGAAAAAGUACAUUUUCAGAUGUGUAGAUCAAGAGUUUUGCUUUGGCCAUUUUAAGCUUGGGGUGCCUAGUAGUGUGAAAGUGAAGAUGUUGAGUAAGCCAUUGAGUGUGUGAUGCUAAAGUGCAGGG